AUGCGCUUCUGCAUUCUCCAUUGCUUCGCCAGACUCGACUCCCCACUGCCGCCCUCGCUAUUCAGCAAAAUGCAGGCCAAUCAGUCGCAUGCCCCCAAAGUCGACGGCGGCCCUGAUGCGGACAGGUCACCGCCAUGGUGGUUAGCAUUAGACUGCUUUGGCGCCCCAUGGUGUUGCUUGACUCGCUUCCGCUCCCUCAGUGUGCCAUCGCUCUGGCGGGACGAUGGCAAGCCAUCACACACAUGGCUUGCGACGGGUCCAACUGUCCAGCGCUUUUGA